UCCACCCAUAUGGUAUUCUAAAUGCUAGAUUCCCAGGAGCAGAGACUCGCAGGAAGGAGAAAUGGCAAACCCUAGGAGGAAUUCAUUCUCAAUCAGCCACAGUUUAGAGAACCAAAACUUGUCGUCUUCACUCUCCCUUGUGUUACACUUCUUGAAGAAGCCGCAGGCUUUUCCAAUUUUGCUCUCAAUCUUUGUUUUACUCACCUGGCUCUCUCUCAGAUUGCAGCGCUCCGCUCAGUUCUCAUCUCCUUCUAAUCAUCCGCACGAUGCCCAACAGAAAUGGAGCCAUGAUGAAGACGAUGACAAGGCCAACCUUGUUAGAUUUAAAUCUGCAAUCCCUUCUCUUAUUCGCAAGGACAACCGUGGCUGGUUGCUUAAUCCCGUGUCUCUUGCUAUUGAUUCUCGCAUUCAAGGUGGAGCAAUAUCGUGUGUUUCAGUUCAUCUUGGUGAAAUCCGGCCUGGUGGAAUGAGGGGAAACCACAGACACCAUACCUGCAAUGAGACUUUUGUUAUUUGGGGGGCUAAAACCAAAUUCAGGCUGGAGAACAAUCAAGUAGAUAAAGGUUUUGCUGAAGUAAUAGUUGGCGAGGACGAGGUCGCCUUGGCUGCUAGCUCCAGUGGAACUGCUCACGCCUUAGUAAAUGUCGAUCCUGUUCAUAGCACAUUCUUCAUGGGGUGCCAAGACAGUGUGGUCAAUUAUAGUAGCUCCACUACUGAUUUUAACGUGUGGAAAGAUCUCUAAUUAUACUUAGCAGCCUAAAUCCGUUGUAUAUGAUUUUCUUUAGUAUGUGAACUUGAUCCAGAGGGUUUUUCUGACGCUACAACUACAUCUGUAUACACUACUCUCAAAUGAUUCUAAUUAUACGGAACGAAUCAAUUCAUUUAUUCUUUUAA